AUGUAUUCUUUUUCUUCUAUGUCAUAUAGAGCUAAUUCUGAGUCUCAGACUGAACCAGAUUUGGGCCUGAAGCUAAUGUUAGUACCUAUAAUUGCUGGUAUUCUAUCGGCACUGAGGAGAGUGAUUGCUCGGCGUGUAUCAAUAAAGAAUCAACUUAAAAGACGACUCCAUGCUUUAACUAUUGCUUCUGCAACAUGUUUUAUGUUUCCUAUUGCCAUGUGGGACAUGAUCAUAGGAUCAUCAUCUGAAUCUGAUAACAAUAAAAAGUUGCCGUUCUCUGCUUGGGCCUUCUUCAGCACUAUUCUGUUUGGAAAUAUUGUGAUAUUCUAUGCUGACAGUAUUGCAGAGGAGAGAUUGCACAUGGUUUUCUCCUCACCAAGGCAUUUAGCAGCAGCUGGUGCAUGCAUCAUCAUAAUGGAGAAUGUGUACAGGAUGGAUUUUUCUCUUGCAGGAUUCACGAUUUGUUGCUUAAUAUUAGGUUUUGGGAUAUAUGAAGCAACUUCAUUGGAGCGCAAUAGAAAAGAUUCUACUCGAAAUUCAGAUUUAUCAAUUGGAGAUUUUGAUGAUCCAAUCCAGAUGUCACCACUACCUACUUGA